CGCCAGACCACAGAUGCUUGAUGCUUUCGCCUAUAGCUAAGGAGCCAGUUCCAGUCGACAAACCCGAUGUGUUAAGAGAUAGUGUUGAACACGAGUCCACGUUAACAAAGGAAAAGCAGAGCGACGAAUUGUGCCAGAAGAAAUACGACGCCUUUGUGAUUCAUAGCAGCGGAGACGUGGAUUGGAUAGAAAAGAUGAAACACGAGUUCGAGACAGUGCGGAAAAUGAAGCUUUGUAUUCCUUACAGAGACUGGGAAACUCAGCAAUUUUGUCACAAACCAGACGACCUAAAACUGAAUUAUUCUUUGAGUCAGAGUGAUCUUGUUCUAGUUAUUGUUACUAAGAAGUACCUAGACAGUGAAAGCUGUCAGAGAGCAACAGACCGGGCUCGGACAAACUGGAGUAGUAAAAUAAUCAGGGUGAUAUUACAGCCUGGUUUAUCUACUGAACGUUUGAGUGGAUUAGGACCGAAAAUUGAACAGUUUGAUCCCAACGUUCAUGGAAACUUCUUCAACCACUUAGUUGAUCUAAUGGAGAAAAUAAAAAGGCCAUCUGAGAGACGAGACGACACACACCAAGACCGUUUGCCUACUGAGAAUGACGAGCAAUUGAGAAAUGUAGGUAGCGAUGCUUCAAUGCAAAUGGACGUACAAUCAGCAUCGACUUCUAGUGAGAGCCUGCAGGACAGCAGUGCUGUUCAAAUCUUGGAUGGAAGAGAGGGUUGCCAUGCACCCAUAGAGCAUCAUGAUGGUCAAUUAGAAAAUGAUGAAAGAUUGUCUUCUGGUAGUUCUGCUGGCUAUCAAGUACAGCCUGAGGAAGUCAAAAAUAGUGAAAGCGUUGCAAAAUUUUAUAAUUGCCUACCAGAAAAAGGAAUAGAUUAUCGCAAGAAGAGUGUCAUAUUUUAUUUACGCAACUUCAACAAUUGGAUCAAGAGCGUCUUGAUAAAAGAGUACCUGAACAAGUUGAAGAGUAAACACCCAACAGUAUUGGAUCUUUGUUGUGGGAAGGGAGGAGAUCUUUUGAAAUGGAAGAUAGGGCAGGUUGGCUAUCUUAUUAUGGCAGACAUUGCGACAAAGUCAGUUGAACAAGCUGAAGAUCGGUGGAAGAAUCGCAGUAGAAAAGUAAUUCAGAGAGCAGAGUUUAUUUCAGCUGACUGUACCAGAGAGGAGUUAAGUCGUAGGUACACUGCUAAUGUAAAAGUUGGUGCAAUUGACUUGACAAGCUGUCAGUUUUCAUUUCAUUAUUGCUUUGAGAGUGAAUCACAGGCUCAUAUGAUGAUUCGUAAUGCUUGUGAAUAUCUUCGUCCGGGUGGGUACUUCAUUGGAACAAUGCCAAAUGCGUAUGAAUUAGUAUACAGAGUCAAGAGAUCUGAUGAUUUUUCAUUCGGAAACAAAGUGUACAAGGUGUCUUUUGAGACAAAACCAGAUGACAAAGGACGCUUUCCAUUGUUUGGAGCAAAGUACCAUUUUCAUCUGGAGGGAGUUGUUGAUGUUCCCGAGUACUUGGUUUACUUUCCUCUUCUUCAAAAAAUGCUGGAGAACGAAUAUGGAAUGCGCUGUGUUCUUCAACGACCUUUCCACGAGUUCUUUUACGACAACUUUGAAGAUGACACUAAUGCAAGACUUUUGGUUGACAUGCAAGCUCUUGAUUUCGAAUCACGGGGAAAGAGGGAUCUCUUGAGUGGUACAAUUAGUGAAGAGGAAUGGGAGGCAAUAGGUUUAUAUCUGGUGUUUGCAUUCCAUAAACCAUAUAACUCAAGUCGACGAGAUGAAUCAGAUACAUAUUUAGGUAGUACUGGUGGCGGUCAUGAAAAGUUGGCUGAAGAGAAGCAUGGUGACAAGCUUGGCGACAAACACGAUGACAAGCAUUGUAAUGAACACGAUGACAAACACGACAACGAACAUGAUGACGAGCAUAACAAGCACGACAAUGAGCACGACAGAGAAGAUUAUAAUAAGUAUUGUAAUAGAAGCAGUGAUGAAGGCAAUGAUUCAAAGCGACCUUGUUUGUCUGGCGAUGUUCAGCCAGACUGAAGAAUAUCUUCAUCUUUUCCAUCUGUAUUCAAGGUAAAGCUUGACUGCUAUUUACAAUUGACUUUUUGAUGAAAGACAAAAAUAGGGCAGAGGCUGCAGAGUUUAUUGUAAAUAUAUUUUUCAUGAUGGAUCAGACUUCUCCAUAAAGCUGACAUAACACAUAGCUGUUUGGAGAAUAAUGUACAAUCUUCAUUCCAGAACAUUUGGAGGUAUACUAAUUGAGAUUGUAGCAGUAGGGAUGCAGAGACUCCUGCAGCGAUUAGUUAGGGAUGUUGCAGAAGUUAGAGUUUCAAAUGAAUACUAUGAGCUCUGUUUGAA